UGCUUUUUUUCACCAAUUUUCGAGUCUCGCUUGUCUUUUGGCCAUAUUAUUGUUUCCUUUUUAAUAUAUAUAAAUGGAAAAAAAUCGAGUAUUAAGACCGGAUUAUAAGUAUAUGUAAAUGCGUUAAUAUGUGUGUGAAUUCUUUGGAUUGUGUAGUGCUGAGUUGAACACAAGAUUGUUGCAGGCUUAAAGAAAAUCCAGUGCAUUUAUCCUGCAUGCAUGCCUGGUUAUUUCAGUGUAAUACAGUGCUGGAUUUAACAUUUUCACUAAACAAAAUAUAUUUUUUGUUGUGAAAAUGUAACUAGAACUCGUAGUGCUGUUAGCAACCACACCCUUUCAGUCAGUGAACUUUGUGGAACCAGGAGCUACUGAGCAACUCAUAAAAUAGUUCAACAUUUGAGAUCAUCACAGAUCCAACACCAGCUUCUCCAUGCCAGAGCCUUCAAACAUUCAAAGAGUUCCAAUGCCCAAACUCUACAUGAAGUGGAAUCCAGAAGGCGCUGGUGCAUCUCUAGAUGUUUCGGGAUGUUUGCAGGCAUCUACUGAUCUUCAUGAGGUGUAACACAACUGGAAAGGAAUUAGUGUGGCUGCUGUUCAUGAUAUUAACAAGCACAAGUUGCUAAUGUGGUCUCACUCCCACCCCUUACUGUCUCACCCUUUCCUAUACAAGAUUUAUUCUUGUUUAUUUCUGCUCAGAAUGAACGACAUGAACCUCAGCCCGGUGGGCAUGGACCAACUCAGUGUGCCCUCUGUCAGUGCCAGUCAUCUGGUCCUCCCUACCUCACCCACUCACAGUCACAACCCAAUCACCACUCCAGGAAUGCCGGUUGCUAUACCGAGCCUCGGGCCGUCUCUCGGACCCCUGCCCUCUGCACUGUCCCUGAUGUUACCCAUGGGGCCUCUAGGAGACAGAGGAGUAAUGUGUGGUAUUCCAGAGAGGAACUACACUCUGCCUCCUCCACCAUACCCUCACCUGGAGAGCAGCUACUUCAGACACAUCCUCCCAGGUAUUUUGUCGUAUUUGGCCGAUCGUCCCCCUCCACAGUACAUCCACCCCAGCAGCCUCAACAUGGAUGCCACUCUGUCUGUCUCCAACAACAACCCUUCAUCCCUCGACCCCUACAGCGGCCCAAGCGGACAUUUAGAACAAGGCCUGGUGUCUAUAGACUCCCGGGAGGCUGACCUCCACCAGGGCGGCGCUCACGAGGUGCAGCUGGACGCCACUGGGCUUUCGAUGGAAUCACGAGUAAACAGCCCCAUGUCUCCUGAUGGGAUGGGAGAAAAUCUGGCAACCAUGGAUGGAGUAGUUGUGAGUACAGACACACAGCAGCCACUUGGAAGCAGGAAUCAACCACAUGAGAGCCUGGAGGGGGGCGUCAUGGCGCUACAUGGAUCCGGACUGGAGCUGCCCGUGGUGAUGGAGCAGGAGCACAUGAGCGGACGUGUAGGGAGCAGCUCAGGAACCGGAGCUCAAGGAACUCUGAGUGAAGCUUUACACACUAACGCUGAGAUAAACUCUGGUGUGGUCAGCGUGGUGCUCACCAGUGCCAUGGCACCACAGACUCAGCUCGAACCUGUAACACUACACAGCGCAGGCAUGGGCCUGGAGCCCGUAAACGUGUCCCCAAUCACCGCAGAGGUCGCUCUUGGCCCGGACAACAGUCUGGUCCUGGUUAACUCCACGCUACAGCUGGAGAACGCCACUGCAAACAAGGAGAACAUGACCGCAACUUUCACCAUUUGGUGCACUUUAUGUGAGCGCUCGUACAACUCCGAUUGUCCCGAACACGGACCAGUCACUUUUGUCCCAGACACGCCCAUUCAGAGCAGAGCUCGCCUCUCUUUGCCCCGCCCACUGUGCCUGCGUGUGUCUAUGGCUGAUGAGCCUAACGGUGUGUUUGCACGGGAGAUGAUUCCCAGCAGGACCUGCUUCGGCCCAAUGAUUGGACAGAACUGCAGCAGCGUUGAUCUUUCAGGUUGGACGGAAAAAGACACCCCUCAACUCUGGAAGAUGUUCCACAACAACAUCUUGGAGUUCUGUAUAGUGACAACAGAUGAAAAUGAAUGCAACUGGAUGAUGUUUGUUAGAAAAGCAAGGACAACAGAUGAGCAGAAUCUGGUGGCAUAUAUUGAUAACGGGAAGCUGUUCUUCUGCACGUCCAGAGAGAUCCUCCCCGAGCACGAGCUGCUUUUCUACUACAGCAGGGAAUACAGCAGACAGCUGGGCAUACCACUUGUUCCAGAGGGUCAAAUCUGCCACUGUGGAAAAGAAUGCACCUCCUUCUCUGAGUUCAAGUCUCAUCUCAGCAGCCACGCACACAGCCACAGCCCCUCCCAUGAAGACCCCAGUCACAGAGUCCACAGUCUGCCUCACCCUCAGGAGAAGCUGGCGAGUGAGGCCGCCAGUGUCACCUCAUCCCCAUCGUGGCAGUGCCAGGCUCAGGGUGAGGUUGAGUCCAACGGUGGCGGUCUCGACGGAAUUGUUCAGCGUCACGGCAGAGAAAGGAAAUUUAAGUGCAACCUUUGCUCACGAGCAUUCACGACCUCCACCAAACUCAACGUGCACUUCAUGGGUCACAUGGGCGUGAGGCCACACAAGUGCAGCUACUGCAGCAAAGCCUUCAGCGACUCUAGUAACCUGAGGAUGCAUUUGAGGAUUCACACAGGUCAGAAGAACUUCAGGUGCAGUGUGUGUGGAAAAUCAUAUACCCAGAAAGCCCACGUAGAGUCUCACAUGGUCAUUCACACAGGAAUCAAGAACAUCAAGUGUGACCAUUGUGACAAGACGUUUAACAGGAAACAGGAUCUUAAGCAGCACAUGUAUUCACAUUCCCUAGACCGUCAGAUCACAUGCCCGAAGUGCAACAAGCAGUUCCUCAAAACAGAUCAUUUAAAGAAGCACCUCAAUUCCCAUGACGGGAAAAGGGACUUCAUCUGUGAAAAAUGCAACAAGGGCUUCCUCACCAAAUACCAUCUGACACGCCACCUAAAAAUCUGCAAAGGCCCAAAGAUGAGCAAAGAGGCCAUGCAUGAAGGGGAAGGUGAGGAGGAAGACAGGACUGAGGAAGAAGAACCAGAUGAACAACAGGAAGGAGAUUUAAGAGCGCCAGACGAUAGGAAAGAGUGUGAAAUUGGCAUGGCAGGGUUUUCCUCCGAGAAGACUCUGUAACCUCUCACUGUGAAUGACAUUUAUAAAGUACUUUUAUUCAGUUUACAUUCGGUUUUAGUUUCCACUGUGCCACAUUAUUUGGCUGUAUUCUGAAACACUGCCAUUUUAAUGUCUAUUAAUUUGUACAUUUAGUGAAGUCGAGUCCUUUUUUACACUUUGCCUUAGUUGUUAUUUAUUUGUAAAAUUUCAGUGAGUAAAGCUGCUAUACUCUAUGAAUGGUAAUUUUUUAAAUAAACAGAUUUCUAUAAA